AUGCGGCUGACGCUGCUCAUGUCCGCGGGCGUUCUGCUGGUGGCUUUGCUGCCCUGCCCGCCUUGCAGGGCCUUCCUCAGCCGGGGGCUUGACUCCGGCGCCCGGCAGGCCCCGCAGCACCCCCAGCCCCUGGAUUUCUUCCAGCCGCCGCCGCAGCCCCAGCAGUCCCAGCAGCCUCAGCCUCGGCCCGUCCUGCUCCGCAUGGGGGAAGAAUACUUCCUUCGCCUGGGGAACCCCAACAAGAGCCCCGCUGCUCCCCUCUCGCCUGCCUCCUCGCCCCUCGCCGGCGGCAGCCGCCCCUCGCCAGAAGAGGCGGCCAACUUUUUCCGCGCGUUGCUGCAGCAGCUGCCGCUGCCCCGGCGCUCGCUCAACAGCCCCGCGAGUCCCGGGGAGCACGAAGUCGAGAGCGCCCUGGGCGGCCACCAGGAGGCAGCGGAGAGGAAGAGGCGGUCCGAGGAGCCUCCGAUCUCGCUGGAUCUCACCUUCCACCUCCUCCGAGAAGUCCUGGAAAUGGCCAGGGCUGAGCAGUUAGCGCAGCAAGCUCACAGCAACAGGAAACUGAUGGAGAUUAUUGGGAAAUGAAACAGUGCGUGUGGCCAAAGAUUCUGCAUUUAGCACAAAAAAUAACAAAAAUAAAUACAGUAUUCUGUACCAUAGCGCUGCUCUGAUACCAUUUGUUUAUUUUUAUAUAGCUUGAAACAUAGAGGAUGUACACCGAGAGAGCCUAUAAUCCUUAAUUAGCAUGCACAAAGUGUAAUCACGUGCAGUAACAACAAAAGAAAUGUUACUUGUAUUGCCUUUUAGUUUCCGCUUCCAGGUUUCUUUAGUGGUGUUUAUCGAGACUGUAGAAACGGGAGGAACCGUUUUGAGGAAGCAGACAGAAGUCAUCCAGUUGUUUUUGCUGUGGUUUGAGCUAAAGAGAAUGCUGUUCUCUUGGGUGAGUGGAUGAUGCAAAAUCUGUAAGCUCUUUUGAAUCAACUUUUACUUGUGAACGUUUCAGUAAUAAAACAUCUUUCCAAUCCUUGGUCAAUUUGGUUGUGUAAGACAAUGUCGAAUAUUUAUAUUUUUAAUAAAAGCUGCAUUUUUCCUCAGACAUGGGACAUUCUCAGCUCCCAGCUUUCUCCAAA